GUCGCGCACGCUGGCUGCGCACCAAACGCACGCUCGUGUGGUGACUCCUCCCCGCUGCUUCUCUCCGCCCACAUGGCGUCGCCGCCGCCGCCCGCCGACACCGACCUGGUUUUAGUUGAAGCAAAUGGUGCCACACGGACAUUGGUUUUGAAUAGACCAAAGCAGUUGAAUGCCUUCUCCUAUGAAAUGAUUAUGAAGUUUUUGAGAUGUUUCACUGCUUAUGAGGAAGAUGAAGGAGUUAAGUUAUUGAUUGUGAAGGGGAAAGGAAGAGCAUUUUGUGCUGGUGGUGAUGUUUCUGCAGUUGUCCGGUCUAUAAAUAAUGAUAGCUGGAAAUAUGGUGCUCAUUUUUUUGGAAAUGAAUUUCUGUUAAACUAUAUCAUUGCAACAUGUAACAAACCUCAGGUUUCGCUUCUUACUGGAAUUGUCAUGGGUGGAGGUGCUGGUAUUUCUAUACAUGGAAGGUUCCGAGUUGUCACCGAGAGCACGAUUUUUGCUAUGCCAGAAACAGCAUUGGGUCUCUUUCCAGAUAUAGGGGCCUCUUAUUUUCUAUCUCGACUUCCUGGGUUCUAUGGAGAGUAUGCUGGUCUUACUGGUGUAAGGUUGGAUGCUCCUGAAAUGCUUGCUUGUGGCCUGGCAACUCAUUUUGUACCUUCAGAUAGGCUGGCUUUGCUAGAAGAAUCACUUAAGAAGGUUGAUACAUCUGAUCCCUUUGCUAUAUGUGGAAUUAUCGAUCAAUAUUCGCAACAACCAUCUCUUAAAGAAAAAAGUGCUCUGAAUAGGCUGGAGAUCAUCAACAAAUGCUUUUCCAAAAGAACAGUAGAAGAAAUCAUAGCCUCUCUUGAACAAGAGGCUCUCAAUGUUGCUGAUGAAUGGAUUCCUGUUGCAAUCCAGUCCAUGAAGAAGGCUUCUCCUACUAGUCUGAAAAUAUCCCUGAGAUCGAUAAGAGAAGGGCGAACCCAAACAGUAGGUGAAUGUUUGCGUCGAGAAUAUAGAAUGGUUUGCCAUGUGAUGCGUGGUGACUUCAGUAGAGACUUCUUUGAGGGAUGCAGGGCUAUAUUGUUGGAUAAAGAUCGAAACCCAAAGUGGAUGCCUCCAAGGUUGGAAGAUGUGCACGAUGAUGCGGUCGAAAAAUAUUUCUCCAAGGUUGAUGAUCCAGAGUGGGAGGAUCUGAACCUACCUCCUAGACGUUCGUAUGGAAGGAGGCUUGUUCCCAAGCUUUGAUUGAAGCCUUAAUCCAAAGAGAUUGGUGGUGCUUCUGAAUAACAACAGAUCGUCUCCAAUUAUAUGGAUAUACCUGGAGACAAGCGAUGAUUGAAUAAAGCUGAAACGUAUUAUAGGUCAAGAAUUUUAUUAGCAAAUUGAGGAAACCAUAGUCUUAAUGCGAUGCUUAUUGGUAUCGCUUUUGUGCGUU